AUGACUAUUGACAAGGAUUUUCUAUCGAAUUUGACUCAUACGGAUGAUCAAGAUGAAUACAAACGAAAUGACACCAUUCAAAUUGGCUUUGAACAAGAAUUAAAAUCAUUAACAGUUCUGCAUGGUGAAUCAGCCAGAUUCGAAGCCAAGAUACGCUUAGUUUCCAUCUCAACAUGCAAACCAAUCGAUCUCACAUUGUUAAAAGUCGAAUGGCGUUUAAAUGACAUAUCAAUCGGAAUGAAGAACACUUUUAAAUAUCAAUUUGGUUGUUCGAUCGAAGAUAAUCGCUACUGGAUGGAUAUCCAACACUGUCAACGACGGGACGAAAAAGUUUAUACGAUUUAUAUCAGUUAUGAUGACGAAAGAUUGCAUGACGAAUCGAGUGCAUAUCUCUUUGUUGAUAAUUGUCCUGAUGAAAACGAAGAGCUAUUGACACCGACAGUAGAAACAAGUUUAGUGCCUAUUGGUGCAUCAUCAUCAACAUCAGUUAAGACUCUUGAUCGAUUUGUGCCACCGACUAUAACACGCUUACUUCAACCUUCGUACCAAUAUCAUCCGGGUGAACAACUGCAUUUUCUUGUUGAGUAUAUUUCCCCCACCUCGGAAUGUCAAUCGACUUGGCAAGUACAACAUUCGUAUGACCAACAAGCGAAGCCUGUCGAAGGCGGAUUAAUCGUUAAUGCUGAUUGUUCAUCGAUAUUAAUUAUCGAAUCGAUUACUUCGCGAUUACAAGGUUUAUAUACAUUCUUUGUCGAAAAUCUGUAUGGUCGUGCUAUGACCCAAACGAUCGUUACUGUCGACUCAGAUGAAAAAGACAAUCACAAUGCACAUUACAAUGAGAUACAAGAUGAUAUGUCAAAUAAAACUAAAGAAAUAGCCGUAUAUCAUUCGAAUAGAGCAUCGAGUAAACAUUUACCAGCUGGACAUGAUUCGUCAUCAAGUGAAUCAUCGGAAUAUGAAGAAGUAAAAAUGCAUUCUUUCAAUGAUAAAUCGUCAUCAUCGAUGUCAACAGCAACACCGACGGACGAAGAUAUGAUUGUGUCAACGGGAGAUGUUCAACCACCACUGGAACAGAAACUGUACGAAUCGUUCGAUCUGUCGAUUGGCAAAGAUUUGUAUGGUCAACGGCAUAUUGCAUAUUUUGAUCCAUCGUCGAAAUUUGAACAUGUAGAACCAAUUGAACAAUUCGAAAAUGACGAUUCAUUGACACGAUUGGCAAUGAAUGAUCAGCGAAUGAAAAAUGAUCAUACCAAAUCGGUUACAAAGAAAUUCCGACUUCCACCUCCACCUCCGAUCGAGCAUAAUUCAGAAGAACACAUUUAUGAGGACAUUCCACAGAUUCUUCCAAUUCCAGAAAUGUCUGCCAGCACUUCCAUCCAGCAGCGGCAGCAGCACUCAAUUGAAAUUUCAGAUCACAAUGGAAAUGGUGUUGAACAAACAUCUGUUAUAUCUUCUUCGCCAAACUCACUUGAUGAAGCACUCAACAACGUCGAACAGUGGUCCGACAUUAUCAUGGAUAAUGAUAUUCUCGAACUACGAUCUUCGUCACGAUUUUCCCAAACUUCAAAUUAUCUUUCGAAUGCGAAUGAUUAUGUCGAUGAACAUUAUCUUAAUUAUAGUUUUCAUUCACCAAGUAUGUCCCGUCGUAUGUUCGCUAACAAUGAUCAGUCAAUUUCAAAUGAUCGUUUACAACGACAUAUUGAAGUUGUUGUUCAACCGACUUCGAUAGCUGACGAACAAACGAUAACAAUAGAAAGAAUCGAACAAGUCCUGCCUACGGAUACAUCACAUUGUAUCGAACAGGCAGUCGAAACAAUUCACGUUGAAGAUGGACUAUUCCAAGUAACAGAAGCUAUUAUCGAUCAGAAAUCAUUAGAAGUGAGCGAUAUGGCGACUAUUUCUACAGAAGCGCCAUUGACAACGAUUCAUUUGCCAGAAACCAUCGCUUCGGAUGUUGAUGAAGAUACACCGUUGGGUUCGGUCAUGUCUCCGAUUGAAGAAUCAGUAGAAGUCCUAUCACAUCAAAUUUUUGAUCAGAUAGUUUCAUCGACUGAGAACACGUCGUUCAUCAAUUGUACAUUUGAAAAUACGCCGAUCGCCCAUUUUUCGGUGUCAAACACCUCGACAAGUUCUACAGAUCCAGUUACUAUAGAAACAGAUGCAACAACAAAUGAACAGAUGCCGAUUAUUACCUUAACAAUCAUUGGCGAUAAAAUGCCAGAACAUUCACAAGAAUCAUUGGCUGUACCUACGGAAACAAAUCUUUUGCCACUUGCAACUGUGCCAGAUCAAACAAAAGAUACCGAUGAUGUUCAUGCGCGUGAGAAGAUUGUUCAAGACAUCAUAUCUGCUUCAUUGGAGCCGACCACAGUCAUCCAUAUUGAAGGUACUGUAGAAAUCAUACCAUCAACAUCAACUUUACAAACAACUGAACUAUCUGUCUCAAAUGACACCGAGCACUUUUUUGUUGCUGAGUCGGAUACACCAAACACGAUUAUUAAAACUGAUGUGAGAUCAAUCACAGUUUUAGAAAAACCAUCCAUUACUCUUGCUGAAGCAGAAAAACUACAACAUAAUGCAGCUAACGAGCAGGUACAGAACGAUACUCAUGAAAUUGAAGUAAUUUUACCACCAACAAAUGGCACAUCGACAGCCAGCAAUGAAGUGGAUUCAGUCUUGUCUUCAUCAUCCUUGAAUAUCCAGAACGAUGAUGUUCCCGUAGAGAAAUCGACAAAUGUAAAACAAGAAACUACCAUUGUAACUCAACAACAGGAACGUAUGGACAAAAAGCUAAAGUUUGCCACUCAAAAAGCAACCAACACAUCCUGCACUUCAGCUGAGAAAUCAAUGUCAGCAAAACAGGCCAGUUUCAACGGACAUACUGAUACUUUAACUGGCCAGAAGAUAUCGUCUGAACCCAUAGUUGCAGAUAUGCAAACAGUGUCUGGCAAAAAGAAACAAGAACCUGUGGUCAUCGAAAAAGUGUUGUCCGUGAAUUCGAAUGUGUCGUCAACUCCAGAGUCUAAAUCGCUAACCAAUGGCAAUCAUGACGAAGUAAAACCUACUCCAGUAGUUCCGAUCGAACAAAAAUCAGUUGCUCCGAAGUUCACACAACGUCUCAAGCCAUCCAUCACUAUAAAUCAUGAUGAUCAACUUCAACUGAAUGUUAGCUACAUUGGUCAACCAGAGCCUCACAUAACCUGGUAUUAUAAAUCAACUAUUCUUCUUCCUUCAUCUCAAAUAAACAUUAGUCAAUCACAUAACGAUCAAAUGUUCUGUUCCACAUUAACAAUUCAAAAGAUGACAUCUGAUUAUGAUGGUAAAUUCAAAGCUGUUCUCAACAACGACUUAGGUGAAGUCAUCAGUACAACACAAGUUAAUGUUAAACGAGGUGUGUAA